AUGAGGCAGCCUCGGUCCUGGGACGAUGAGGAUCUUCUACAGGAUGAACCACUCUCGACGCUGUUCGCAGUCCAUAGUGCGGAUCUCCCCAACAGACGCGGCAGGGGAAAAACUGAUUGGUUUUGCGUAACUCCACGCGCUGAUUUUCAGAAAGAGGCGGGAGCGAUACAAGCUUGGUUGAGGCUGGCAUUCGCUGCAAGCCCGGAGGAGGAAACGUCCGUCCAGAACACUCUCGUCCUCGCAGACUCUCCGGAACUGGAGAUUUUCAUCGACUUCUAUUGGCGCCUUUACAACGGCGACCGCGAUGAGGCCAAACGGUACCUUCUGCAGGAGCGCAAGUCGCGUGGUUUUCAAUAUUUCGUAGACGAACGCGUCUGGGGGUCCGGCGCACAUGCUCGUGUGCUACUGCCUGUCGGUUCCGAUUCUGGUGCACAUGCAGGCUCUCCUACCCACCACCGGGGAAAUCGUCGGAGACGCCCAAAGCAUUUGUCUCGUAAUGCUGAGGACGCGUACGAUGCUGAGGUUAGUGAAGGGGAAGACGACAGACCCACAAACGAAGUUCCUCAGCAUGCCACUACUCGCGCAACCCCAGACAACCUUCAUUCUUCUUUCGAACGUACCGUUGACAUACCCAUUCCGGAUGCCCAGCUACUGCUCUCAGCGUCUGCUCAAGUCAUCGGAGUCGCGUAUGGGCCUUCUUCACCUCUCGAGAAGCAGAACAUUGGUGAAGAACAGAGCAACAAACGUAAAGCUAUCAACGAACAACCUUCUAGCUCUUCCCACUCUUCUUCAGACGACAUCCCUGUCUCGCAGUUUGCGUACACGGCCUCAAGAGUUGUAUCAGGUGUUGCCCCCAUGAACGACGCUCGUACGAACGAAGACGAUCCUUCUUCGCUCAGUGAGCUCACAUCCGAUGAAUCUCUCAAAGAGGACGGUCCUCCAGCUGAACAACUCGUAUUUGAUGUCGAAUGCAAUGCGAAUGGCGCAGGCAGGAGGCGAAACCCCGGAAGGACUGCAUCCAAUCGCCAGAAUCUCACAAAGUUGAUGGAGAGGGAGACCUUGUAUGAGGCAAAACUCAAGGAAGAUUUCUUGGGCACUCCGAAAUCGCAGGCUCCUUCGGAUGCUAAGCACGAAGCACUCAAGAACAAUCUGAGAGAGAAGCCACAGACAAGGUCUACUAAUCGCAAGAAAGCGGCGAAGAAAUCGAAGGUCGCUAAUAUAGGUGCAACCCUCUCAGCGAUAAUAGCGCCACCUAAAGCCACGAACCCACGGAAGAGGAAUGCGAUCGCACCGCAGAAACCAUGUUCCGCAGUUCCAUCUCCUGCAGCGGACGCAGCGACCUCUGCUAUAUCUGUGCCGGAACAGCACCAGAGCGACAAUGUCAAGGGGAGACUUCGGAAUUUCCCUUCUGCAGCUGUUGACAAGGUUCGCGUGACUCGCUCUUCAGCGAAGAAAACUGCCAAUAAAAAGUUGAAGGAUGCAAGGCCAGACGUUCCACUGGCCGGUCCUGCUCAAAAACGUCGUCGCUACAGGGAUGCUGAGGACGGUGGGCACGCGACACGUCCAGAGGAGGCCCAGAUGGCAUGCAGAGGAGGAAGGGGGUCUUCUUGUCGACAGCAGCAGGCCGGUGUGCAGUUACAGCCUCCUGCAGAUGCUGUGCCUGAGCAUUCGGAACCCACCGUUGGAAAUUCGGCGAUGCAGUCCGGGAUACCUCAAGCUGGACUGGGGUCAGAACCCGAAAUUGUGGCUUCGGAGGAUGUCACUGCUCCUCGCGAGCCUCCUUCCAUCGCUAGGCGGACACGAAAGCGACUCCGCGAAUCUCUACAGAGUGCCGACGUCAUCCAGCCGGUCACUGACAAUUCUCAACGACUUACAAUCAGACUACCCAGAAGAUCUUCCAAAAAGGCAGCGCAUGUGCGACUUCCUGUACCGCUUGUGACCAAAAAGUCCAAUCAGCCGCAAACGUUGGACGAAGUUGACAGUGUCAUUCGCCACGCUGCCAGCGAGGCGCUUUUGCACCAUGCGCUCAGUACCAACGUAGAACAUGGAAGUGACUGGGAGGGAGGAGCGGAGGGCGAAGACGAACACGAGCAAGAAUUGGCGCAGGUACCGGCAGAUAAGUCAUCAGAUAUAGAGCUAGUACUUCCACUGGCGUCAACCGUUUGCGCAUCCAACGAGAUACACGAUGCCCGUCCGAGACCUCCCUUGGAGAUCUUACCGCCUAUCUGGGCUCAGUCCCGACAAGAAGUAUGCGAAGCCUUUGACUGGUUCCGUUCAUAUCAGGGUGGUGUUUAUUUCUUGAAGGACAUGGUGAAAGGUUACUUGUUGAGCGCGUUCUCGUCAAGCCGCGAUGUCUUUCAUCGUGACGGACGUCUGAUUGUCUCUCAUGGUGGAGGGAAGGCGGAGAGUAUCCAUACGAAAGGUGGGAAAAGCACGGUGCAAGAAGCAAAUGAUCAGCUAGCAGAAGACAAAUCGGUUCGAGCGCUCUUGAAUACAUUUAGACUGCAGCGUCCAGUUGUACUCCUUAUCGACGAUAAGUACAAACUUUUUCCGUAUGAUCUUACAGCGAAGGGAUACUCCUACGUUGUGCUCGGCUACUAUCAUAUUAGACAUGCAUGGGCUGAACGCCAGCCUGCAAAAAAUUCGAGAGGUUAUGUUGUUCGAUACAAGUUUGCCUUCCGAUGGUGCGAUCAACAGGGUGACCCCUGGUGGAUCCCAUCUCAGGCUUCGGCAAUAUGCGAGCUAGUACUGGCUAGUGAUGAUAGUACAGCAACCGUGCCACCCUCAAUCUCUGUUGAAGAUGAAGCUACCAGUCGUGUAUGCUCACGGUGCAACACUAAAUCUCCUCUUGUCUACGAUGGCCGCUGGAUGUGUUUGACACCGAGUUGUACCGCAUUCUGGAAGACAUCGUCAGGUGUACCCCCGUCCAUGGGAUUGGCAUACUCGGAGAAAUUCCUCGAGUUGCUUCCUUGUCAGCAUGAGAAGUUCGAUGACCUCCGACCUCCCGUGCCCGCUACAAAAGCGCAGAAUGGCGUCACAACGACUCGUCUUUUCUGCAAGGGCUGGCACUGUGUGCGAUGCGGCCGGUUAUCAAGCAGAUACAAAUGGGAACAUUGGGAGUGUGCACAUUGUGGGGAGACUUACAAGGUGAUCGGGAGGUUUCGGGAACCGAAGGAGUUCUGGUAUCAAAAGAACAUGGAGUCUUACAUGCAUCAUUUUGUCGGAGAGGAUUCUGGUAUCAUCCUCCCCCACAUGCAGUUUUACAAUCACGGAGCGGGUUUUCUUCCUUGUCAUCAUUAUAUUCUGCCAUACGGUCGUGGACAUAUAUACCUUAUUCUUGGCAGUUCUAUUGCAAACCGGGACGCCGAUGCUAUUUUCAGAGAAUAUCAGGAACAAGCGGUUGGGGGGGAACUUCUGUUCCGAAGGUGGCCUCUGAGAAGCCACAAAUGUAGGGGUACCCUGUUGACCAACUACUUCUCCCAGAAUUCUGGAGAGCCAUACCAGUAUGUUGGGGGCGCCGAUAACACGGUCGCUUGGGACAAGGCACCUUCCGCUGUUCAUCAUGCUCUUGAGUUGAUCCAGGGCCGAAUGCUAGAUGCUCUAGAUCUGCGAUCCCAAUUCAACGAGGUCCUCAGUGCUGCAUACAUGGAGAAACAGAGAAUGGCCUUCCACAGCGACAGCGAGCGAGGAUUAGGUCCCACUGUUGCGGCCUUAUCCCUCGGUUCUGCAGCGCAUAUGUAUUUCCGUCUCCACUCCCAGUAUGACGACAAGCCGGGAAAUGGAUCAAGCAGACUUGCUCUGAAACUCUUUUUGCGCCAUGGUGACGUCGUGGUCAUGCAAGGCGAGGGAGUCCAAAAAUUCUACGAACACACCGUUGUUCCCUUGAACUUCCGUAUCGCUGCAACCGCACGUUUUAUCGGACCCGAAAAUCAUUGA